CCAGGUCACAACGGGUGGAUCCUGAGCAGCGAAGUCUCGGAAGCUGUUGAGGAACCCGUUGAAGUUCUCCAGGCGCAUUGUGGUGGAGGCAGCAGUUGGUCGUGGCGCUCGUGCUGUCGGCAGGUUGUGUGCAGACGUGGGUCGGAGGCAGUCAUGGCCGGCACCGCCGCCCCCGCCGCUGCUCCGGAGGAAGCCGGGUUCUCGACUAAGGGCAGUAAUGACAGCACCAGCCCGGUGGUGGCCCUGAUGAACAAGCGGCUGCGCAACUUGCGGAAGAAGCUGGUGCGCAUUCAGGGGGUUGAGGCGUCACAGGCGGAGGGCAAGAGCCUGAACAAGGACCAGCAGGAGCUGCUGGCCAGCAAGGCAGCUGUGGAGGUGCUGAUUGACGAAUACGAGAAGUUGCAGAAGCCGCUCACGGACGCACUCAAGGAGGAGGUUGGUGCACGGGCCAAGGAGGUUUCUGAAGCGCAAGCGGCAGCAAAGGCAGCGGAAGAGAAGCUAGCGGACGAGAGGGAGAAGGCCGAGAGCGCAGAGGCAGCCAAGGCGGCGGAGAACGAGGUGGAGGAGAUUCUGAAGCUGCUCUACUUUGCGCAGCUGUUUGACGUUCGCAGCCAGCAGGAGUCGAGCAUGCUGACGUUCAUGCGCGUGCGCGAGCGGCAGGCGUGCCUGAGCUACGACUACAAUGAGAGCAGCCUGGAUGAGGAGGACCUGGACGCCAUCGCGCAGCUGGGCAAGCUGCUCACCUCGCGCACGCAGAAUGUGUCGCACCAGGCGGCGCUGCGCAUGUGCAUCGACACCGCGGUCAGCUGGCUCGCCGGCCAGAGUGAGCCCAUCGGGGCAGACUCCAUCACGUAUGCGGACUUGAAGGAGCGCUUGGGGCGCAUCCUGCAGUCGGACUACUUCACCACUCCCCCGGAGCUGCAGACGCUCAAUUCCAGCGCUGAGGUCGGCGCAGAGGCCACCGAGGCGCAGCCCCCGCAGGAAGUCAGCUCAGGAGAGUCACAGCAGGAGUCCGCCCCCCCCGCACAUUUCUUUCCCCCCGAGCAGCCGGAGCCGACCGGUUUCCCGGAGGCCCCUCAGGAGGUGGCUCAUGACGCCGACACCGGCAACGCAGCGCCCGAGUUUGCCCCCCCGGAGCAGCAGCACCAGCAGCAGGUGUUUGCGGAGCAGAGCGCUCCAGCUCCCGGAGGUGGCCCUGUCCGCGGCGGGUACCAGCCUCGGGGUGGCGGUCGCGGGUACUACGGCAACCGCAACGGAGGAGGAGGGGACCGAGGCGGGCGGCGCGGCGGUCGGGGCGGACCUCGAGGUGGGGGCGGGCAGGGCUUCUACGACAAUUCGUACGGGAACGGGCCGCAGAGCAACCGGGGCGGGCGCGGGGGACGGGGUGGGCGAGGGCCGCCACCGAACAGGGGUGCAGCGCCAGCGUCAGCGCCCCCCUUGAACUAGGACAGGGCAGCAUUUUGCAAGCCGGGGGGAAGCACUGUAGCGUUUUGUCUUGGGACUAGCUUAGCAGAGCAGAUAAGAUAGCAGCAGGAGCGGUUGACUGGAAUGAGCGUGACAGCUUCGCAACCAAGCAAGUUUGGACAAGGGAGCUCUCGUGAGGUGGGUUGUGAAGGCGCUUGCACAAUUGCCGGAACGGCGUUUCACUCAUUUCAUUUUGGUCACAUUUCCCGA